AUGAUAAAUAGGUCAACAUGUUUUCUCCCUAACAUCCAAAAGUCCGGCGCCCCAAAAGUCCGGCGCCAAAAAAGUCCGGCGCCCCAAAAAGUCCGGCGCCCCAAAAGUCCGGCGGCCAAAAGUCCGGCGGCCAAAAAUCUUUUUCUAUAUCACAUUCUUUUUUCCUCUUUCUCUCUCUUCUCUCUCUCUCUCUCUCUCUCGCUCUCUAUUCCACUCAUUCUUUCUUUCUGUUUUUCUUUUUUUUUCCUCAUCCGAACUCCGUGCUUUCACUCCCUACCCUUUCUUUCUAUUUUUACUUUUACUACAUUUUUCCGAAUUUUCCUCCCCUUCUAUCCCAGACUCCCUUUCUAUUUCUCGCUGUUUUUUCCUUUAUUCUCUCUCUCUUUCUUUCUUUUCCACACAUUCUACAUUUCUAUUUCUCCUUUGUACCCUCGCGUUCUUCAACUUGUUCUGUCUAUUUCGCUCUCUUUCUCGCCUCAAUUAUCUUUUUUCUGUCUUUCUCUCACACUAUCACUCUCAUUCCCUUUCAUGUUCUUUCUGUUUCUUUUUCUUCUUUUUUGUCCUCGCUUGCUAUCUCUCUUUUACAUUAUCAAUUUUUCUUUCUUUUCAUUUCUCUCUAUCUCUCAUUUCCCUAUCUUUUUCUCUUAUCCUCUCUCUCGCUCUCUCUCUUUUCCUCUUUUAUGCCCCGCCUUCACGCUCGCUUAUUUUUCGUCCUCUAUCUCGCUUUCUUUGUUUCCCUGUUCUCUCUACAUGUCCUUCUCUUUCCUGUUUAAAAAGUCAUUUUGA